AUGGAUCUACCACAGAUUGUGGUCGGAAAAGGGGAUAAUUGCAGUCUAGUCACUGUCGCCAAUGCUAUCUCCCUCGUGGACUUCUACUUCCUCGACCCAGAGAUUGACGCCAAUUGCACCAACCUCGAGCUCGGGGAGGCUUACUGCAUCGCCGCAGUUGGAUACAUUAGCACCUACUCUGGCUACCCAGUCACAAUGCCCCUGUUCACUGUGACAACAGCCAGCUUUCCCGCCGUCGAUACAUCAAUUCCCACGGCGACCAGUGAUCCGGGGUUCGUCUACACGCCAACAUAUCUCCCUUCGGCCCCGGACACGCUUACUAACUGCCAACGAUACGCCAACUAUGACAACACCACAUAUAACCUCAACUCUUGCAAGUGGGUUGCGUGGCUGAAUGAAGUCACAACGGCCGAUUUCCUCGACUGGAACCCUAGUCUCAACACUAAUCUGAGCUUAUGCGCCAUGCAGCCAGGGUACAGUUAUUGUGCUAUUCUCAAUAGUUCUUACACAACUGGCAGUGACGACACCAGCAGCAGUGACAGCGGACUCGGCUCUCUCUGCUUGUCCCUCAAUGCCACCGAGUCUACCACUGUCUCAAACUGCAACUGCUUCACCGGUGUUAAUGGCUACGAUAACGGAGAAUACCAAUGUGCUGAUAUUGAGGAAGACUUCGAUAUCACGGAAGUCUAA